UGCCGGCUCCCGCCGCUCCCGGCGCUGGGUCGCUGGCCUGGGGACUCCGGAUCCCGCUGCCGGGGCCGCAGCAUGGGGCGCUUCCGCGGGGGCCUGCGGUGCAUCAAGUACCUGCUGCUCGGCUUCAACCUGCUCUUCUGGCUGGCAGGGUCGGCUGUCAUUGCCUUUGGACUAUGGUUUCGGUUCGGAGGCAGCAUGAAGGAUUUCUCAUCAGAGGACAAGUCCCCAGAGUAUUUCUACGUGGGGCUGUACGUGCUGGUCGGAGCAGGGGCCUUGAUGAUGGCAGUGGGUUUCUUCGGGUGCUGUGGAGCCAUGCGGGAGUCGCAGUGUGUGCUCGGAUCGUUUUUUACCUGCCUACUGGUGAUAUUUGCUGCUGAAGUAACCACUGGAGUGUUUGCUUUUAUAGGCAAGGAUGUAGCUAUACGACACGUUCAGACCAUGUAUGAAGAAGCUUAUAAUGACUACCUUAAGGACAGGGAAAAGGGAAAUGGGACUCUCGUUACCUUCCACUCAACAUUUCAGUGCUGCGGAAAGGAAAGCUCUGAACUGGUCCAGCCCACAUGCCCAAAGGAGCUUCUAGGACAAGGACACAAGAAUUGCAUUGAUGAAAUUGAGACCGUCAUCAGUGCCAAGCUCCAGCUCAUGGGGAUUGUCGGUAUUGGAAUUGCAGGUCUUACGAUCUUUGGCAUGAUAUUUAGCAUGGUCCUCUGCUGUGCGAUACGAAACUCACGAGAUGUGAUAUGAAGUUACUUCUACAUGAAAAUUGCAAUCUAGAGCUUUCAUAUAAAUGUCACAGGAGCUGUCUCCUGGCUCAUUUUUUACUAUUCAAAGGACAUUAGGAUCUAAAAUAAUUUGCUGUCAAUUGUACAUUUGCACAUGUAUGUAUGUUUGGCUCAUCACUGGCUGACCCCUUGAGUGAAUGCCUAUGUGUGCCAGCUGAGAGCAUAUUCGUGUGUGAUCUGUGUGCUUCUGGUAUAUGCAUUAUAUAGAAUGAAAUUGGUUUGCCAGGUGGGAAUUCCUGAUUCUUGAGGUGUGAGAGGAACAACAUAUUUAACUCUCAGAAAAAGAUCAAAAACUUCGAUAAACUUUAAAAAGUUGGCUCUUCAAAAAAGGUAAUAAUGGAUCAGUGUCUCAGACUCUAGCCACAGGAAUUCAGGGAUUUCUAGAUAAGGGAAGCAAUAAAGCUACAGGAAUUGAGAGAGCACGGUAUAAUGUUAAAAUUGACUGUCUGAGUAGAGCGUAAGGGUUUCCUGGGAUUUUUUUAUAUACAUACUCUCCCCAGAAUACAGUAAACCACAGUUUUAGAACUAAACACAUCUGUAAAACUAAAUAUAGCAUGGAAAAUCUAAUUUGAAUAAGUCAUACUUUCCAAGUAUUUAAAAACAAAAAAACCUCCCUCUGGAAAGAGCAGUUACAUAGACAAUCAUGUGCCCUAUAAAAGUGAGUGCUUUUAGGACUAGAAAAAAAAAAGAAAACCUUUUAAAGACUUUUUAAGGAGAUAUUUUUUUCUUAUAUAGAGACAUUUUAAUAUUCCUUUAUUACUUUCCUUUUCUAACUCUGCUCUGAACUACUGCGACCCUCACAUCCACAAAAGGACUUUUAUCUCAAACUUUUCUGUGUUUCUCCAAAUGUAAGGAAGAAUAGGAAGACUGAAGUAAGAGAUCUGGUAGUUGCAAAUUGUGGGCAAGACAGUUUUUACUGGCACUGUAUCUUUGAAAUACCUCAUAACUUGAGUUUACAUAUUUUCCUAAUUUUUUGUAUUUUUCUUAUUUAUUCACCAAGAGAAUUUUUCUUCAUAAAAUAAGAACUACAGUUUUCACCACUUAAAAUAAACAAAAUCCUUCAUAAUUCAAAUAUUAUAUCAUGAGCAUCCUUGGCCAAACCAAAAUAAACAAAGAAAAGCAUCUUCUCCUGGUUGUGUGCACACAACAGAGACAACACAAGGAAACAAAAAUACUUCCACACACACAGCAGAAAUCUGUGUUUUUUCUGUGCAAGUCCCCCAUAAAAAUACAGCUUUCAUCUUCUUUUAUGGUCUUGAGGCUUUGUGUUAGGUAUAUAAACCUAAAAUAAGGAUUUAAAUUGACAUAUUUGUCAAUUUUUAACAACUUGGUAUAUUUAGUAAAUCGUGGAGGGGUGUUUUUUUUUUUUUUUUAAUUAUAUUUUAAGAGGCCACACAAAAGUGAAAGUAUGGGGGACUUUAGAAACCCCUAAGAUUGUACACAUGUGAGAACACAAGUCUUUGGGUGUGCACUGAAGGAAAACGUGUGCUUCCAAGAAACUUUUCCAAAACAUUUUUCUGAGGCUUAACCAUUUGAAAUAGUCUCACUCCCACAGACAACCACAUUUCUCCUUCUGCCAUACUUGUUACUGCUACUAACUUUGGGGAAGCUUUUCUAGAAAAAAAAAAAAAAGUCAAGAUUGGAAGCAAGCUAAAAAUUGGAUUGUAUGUGGCCAUUUUACUGUGUCUAUAGUUAAUGAAACUAUUAUUUUAAGAAAACCAUUUCAUGAAAUAGAUAUGUGUACCCCGGGAGUUGAGAAAUAUAAACUUUUAAGCAAAGAACCAAACAGUCCAUCUCUCUUGGUGGCUUUAGUUCAUCUGUCUGAAGACAAGAAAAGGGCCCCAAUGCAUACUCAGGUUUUUUCCAGCUCAGACUCAUCUCUGAUUCAACAAAAAUGAGUUUCACUCUAUAUCUGAAUUAACAACCUUAAAAAAGAAGACAAUAUGUUAAAAGUGGAAGAGUAGAUAUCUGUUCCAUAUAUGAUUAAUGUGCCCCUUUAGGAAUAAUUUUUCCAAAAUAUGUGCCAUGAGUAAAAUUAGAAAAUUCCACCUCUGAGUGAGGGUAGAUUUAUAUAUAUA